UUGACGGUCUAUGCUAGCCGUAAGGUCAAACUCAAACACAGAACAAAAAAGACACACUGUAUCACUAAAUGGGAGGGAAUGACCACUAAAACAUUGGCCACUAUUCGUUAUUGAAUGAUAUAGAGUAUGUUGUACCUGUGUCAGGUAGGCCAGAGUAUUGCAGAGUAGAGCUGCCAUCGUUGGAAAACACAGUAUAUUCCUCGUAUGGUGAGAAAAUAAUAUUUAUGACAAGACGUUUCUAAUUAGUAAAUGUUCUUUUACGCAGAUAUCUCAUUAUAACAAGACACAUUUUACGUCAAACUGACAAAUAAUUCGCCUUAUAAUGGCGUGUUUUUAUCAAGACAUGACAAAACGGGGUAUUAAGGUUAGGCAGGAGUGGCAACCAGACUUAUCGUGUAUAUUUGUCUCAUUUUUGUUGAUAUAUCGAAAACAAUAUCUCCUUAACAAGGAGAGGCAGAACGAGAAAAACUGCAUGACCUCUUCAAUACGGCGGUGUAGUCCCUCAACACUCUUUAAUACGACAAAUACGAGAUUUAUUUUUUCUCAGUGGCAGUUUGCGCUUUUAUUUUGAAGUAAGUAGCUUCAUUUCCGGUAUUAGCCUAGCUGUCUCUGGAUAACGUGACGCAGCUGAAAACGAGCUAGUUGGUGCUGUGGACUCCUCCUCCGAGUUCUCAUCUCGUUGGCUGGCCAUUUUCUGGGCCACACCCACGCCCUGUUCGCUAGUCUGGUCUGUUGUCUUUAAACAGAAAUGCCGUGAACAUUUUGCUUCUGAUUUUGAACCAACAACCUUCACGUUGGGAGUCAUGUGUGCUAACCACUAGGCCACCAUAUCAACUUGAACACUUUGCCCUCCACUGUCUGUUUCUCCUAAGGACUUAUUUGAGUGAGGAGGAUGCUGAGCCGAACAGAGCACAGAGGCGUGUGCAGGCUGCUAUCAUCAGUGAUGUCUGGAACAGAGUCUCAUACAGACAGAGAGGAGGACUACAGGUUCCUCCACAGCAUGUUGAUGGAGAAGAAGCUUCACCUGCUCUUUAAGAUCCACGAGCGUCUGAAGCGUUUUGAGAAGCGAAGCCCCAUCCCCGUCCAAGAGCACGCAGCGAGUCUGGCCUCAGAUUUGGCGGAGGAGCUGAUAUACGAAGGCUGGAGAGAUGAAGUCAAAGAACUGGUUGCCCUCUUUUCCAAACCCCACUUUAAGGGUCUCCUCUCUGUCCAUGACACAGUAGCUCAGAGAGACUUUGAGACUACUCUGCCACCAAUUCCUGAUGAAGUACUGGAGGAAGACGAGGAUUCAGUCAAAAUUGUCAGUCUGGUCAAAACCAAAGAGCCCCUGGGGGCAACAAUUAAGAGGGAUAAAUCCUCUGGGGCUAUUGUUGUGGCGAGGAUCAUGAGAGGAGGUGCAGCUGAUAAAAGUGGCCUGAUCCAUGAAGGAGAUGAGCUGAAAGAGGUGAAUGGGGUCUCACUGGAGCACAGGAAGCCAAAGGAAAUCCUUUCUUUUCUGGCUCGUUCUCAGGGUGAAGUUACAUUCAAAAUCAUUCCUGCCUCCUCCAGGGAAGAAACAUCAUCAAAUGAAAAGAAGCUGUUUUUGCGGGCUCUUUUUGACUAUGAUCCUAACGAGGAUCCCACCAUUCCAUGCAAGGAUGCAGCAGUAGCCUUUAAAAGGGGUGACGUCCUCCAGAUUGUCAGCAUGGAGGAUGACACCUGGUGGCAGGCCUGUCACCUCGGGGACUGCAGCACUCGGGCAGGGCUCAUCCCCUCACAGCAGCUCCAUGAGAGGAGAGUUGCACUACAGCGGCCUAAAGCCCUGUUCAAGCCUCGACAAGUCAAACCACCAGAUGAGGGGGAAGUCAUGGAGGAUGUAGACUACGGAGCUAUAACAGGGAUCCCCAUUGCUGGUUUAAGAAGGAGUUUCAGACUCGGGAGAAAGAGCAGUCGGGCCAGAGAAGCGGCUCAGUCCAGGAGGUGGAGCACAGGGGUACAAGGCUCAAUACGCCCCCCUACCUACAUAGAGGUGAUCCCCUACCUCAGAGACCCCAAGGGCAAACACCGUCUGGUCGUUCUGGUUGGGCCCAGCGGCGUUGGCGUUAGUGAACUGAAGAAGAGGCUCCUGAUAUCCGACCCUGACCGCUAUGGCGUCACUGUACCACACACCACACGUGAGAAGAGAAUGCAGGAGAAGGAAGGAGUGGAUUAUCAUUUUGUAUCAAUUCACAUGUUUGAAGAGGACAUUCUCAAUCAUAGGUUUAUAGAAUAUGGGAGGUACGGUGGACACUACUAUGGAACAAGUCUAGACUCUGUGAACAGAGUGAUGGCUGAGGGCAAGGUGUGCCUCUUGGAUGUGCACCCUAGUAAAAUACAGCAUGUGUACACAUCUGAAUUCAAACCAUACGUGGUGUUUGUGAAGCCCCCACGUAUCGAGGAGCUACGCCUCACCAGACGGAGAGCUAAAUUCAUCUGCGAUGAAGAGGACAAGAACUCAGUCAAGAUCUUUUCAGAGGAGGAUUUUGAGGCCAUGAUUGACUUGGCUGAAAGCAUGGAGAGCCAGUCCGGUCACUUGUUUGACAAGGUGAUUGUUAACGGAGAUAUCGCCGUGGCGUUCAGAGAGCUAAAGGCGGACCUCGAGAAGGUAGAAGAGGCAGAAGUCCAGUGGAUUCCUGCAGAGUGGAUUUGCUCCUCACCAACAAAAGCACAGAGAAGUUGUGGUCAUUUGGGCGGCUGGUUUUGAACUUUGAAUUCACAAAGAAACAAAGAAAGAAAGAAGAAAAGAACAAAAAAAAAAACAUUUCUUAAUUGUAUGUAUAAUAUAAAGUUUGAAUUUUUGUCAUAUUUUAAAUAUUUUUCCAUUUGUAAACAAUUUCUGUGAUGACCACAGUUUUCCAUACUGUCCCUUAGUGUGUAUCUAAUUAGGCAAACAGAAUCCGUCUCUCUCUCUCUCUCCCUCCGUCUGUCUCAGAGCCAGUUUUUUUGUUGCCAUUUGGCUGAAAUAACGUCGGCUCGCAGGACGGAGAAGAAGAAGAAAAAAAAAGUAAACUCUCCAGAGCUUGUGGCUGAGUGUAAUCCUUCCCUGCCAAGUUGCAAACAUCAGCAUGUAAUUAUUCUGACAGCUGCUGCACUUCAAUUAACUGUAAUGUACACCAGAGAAAUAUUAUUAGUAGCAGUCAGGGAGACAUUUUGCCAACAACAUGCUGAACAAAAUAGAGACACAAACAAGAUAAAAGUCAAUUAGACUGUAGAUGAAGAAGGGAAACCUGUGUUAUGGCUGUAUGUUUCAGAAUUGUGUACAUAUUGUAGAUGAGGACUAUAGAAGUUGAUGUUUUAACCAGUUAGAAUUAUUGUAAUAGACAUUGUAGAAUUAGCUGUUGAAUAUUUAAGGCUUGAAUUUGUGUAUUUUUAAGCACCCUACCCCACCCUUUUUUAAUACAAAAACAUAUUGAGACACUUAAAAAUAAUUGGCAGAUCCUCACCAUUAGUGACACUCCAUUAACAAAUGCUCAAAUUUGAGCAUCACAGCUGCCUUUCGGGUGCAGAUUCUACUGUUCUCCUUCACACAAGCUGCUUAAUCUAAUUCUUUUUAAUGGCUGCAUUCCUCUACAUUCAUGGUGUUUCCUUCCUUCCUUUUUUGGAUGCUGUGCUCAAUUAGGUGUGAAGGAGUGUUAAUGUGUCUAUCAUGUCGUGUUUGGGAGGAAGAGGGAGCUGCAUGAUGUGGGGAGACGGUAAUGGCUUUCAAGGGACUUGGGACCUCGCAGACAUAUGGAGAGAAAGUUACGACCGCACAUAAAAGCUUACUGUAAAAGCACAGUGAGGCUCUGCGUAGUGGAUUAGGCUGCAGGGAGGUAUUUAGUUUACUUCGGCGGGAUUAUUGUCAACAACACACAGUGUCACAAAUGGAUGAGCGGAGAUGCACUCAUUGACGUGUCUUCAUGUCUCCUGGUCACCAAAACGUACAAACCAGACUGUCAGGACAACAGUCACACUUCUGCCAGGCCUGAAGCCCGACCUCAGCCAAAGCGUGGCAGCAUAAUUUCAUCACACCACUGAGAAUUUGCAGGCACCCUCUGAGAUCAUAACGAUGCCAUUUAAGACACCGGAGUGAUCCAAUGAAAACCCACCGUUUUAUGUUCACUGCAGCUCCCACUUCAAACAUUACACAGAAGUAUGAUGUCAAUUGGUCUCGGAUAAUUUGGCUCAAUCAUGUAACUGUCUAUUUGAAGUAUGUAAAAAUAAAUACGACUGAUGUUAAACAAUA